UUUCCGUUCUCUAUUUAUAAGACACUGUUAUUGCUCUGGAUUACAAAUCAAACAUAUAUCAUAUCUUUCACUCAAAAUUCUCCUAUUUCUGUUCUAAUCGCAGAAAUGGACACAAAUCACGGCGAUCCGCCUCCAAUCUCCUUCCCGGACAGAAUGUUUGCAAUGGGCGAUGAACCACUGGGCAUUAGGGUAACACCCUAUCACAAACCCUCUUGCAUUUCUAAGAUUCUAAACGCUCUAGAUGAAGAAGAGUUACGGUUUGUUAGAGAAUCUCCAUUCGGUAAACUCGUUGAAAUCUCUGAGAAACCUUCCUUUUCUGGCCGUAUUGGGCGCCUAUUGUUUUCUCGUCUACUGAAGAUCCGGAAAAAGCAUGAAGCGUGGUUUCUUUUUGCCGGGAAACCAAUAAGAUUCUCAAUCAGAGAAUUCGCACUAGUCACCGGCCUCAAUUGCCGCAGAUACCCACCGCACAGCAAGAAGAGGAGCAAGAAGAUCUUAUCGGAGAAGCCGUACUGGGGGGAGCUUUUUGGGGCAAUGACUGAAGUUACGGUCUCCUCUGUUGUAACAAUGUUGAAAAAGAAGACUGUGACCGAUAGAGGAAUGAGGAUUAAGUAUGCACUUCUCUCAUUGCUCUCAGCUGUAAUACUACCAACAUCCCACAACCCCCGCAUUUUACAUGCGGCUGCCGAGAGGAUUAAAGAUUUAGAUCAGUUCCUUGCAUAUCCUUGGGGCCGUCAAUCUUUCGAUAUGCUCAUGGACAGUAUCAAAGAGAGGAAUGAAAUAUCUCUAUCACAGAAUACAAUUGCGUUCAAAGGGUUUGUGAUGUCGAUUCAGCUUGUGCUAAUCGAAGCUGUACCUUCCCUCAUGGGCGUUGUUAGAGAUGGAGCUUCCUCUGGUUCAGAAUCAGAAUCCGAAGCAGACGAAGAAUCCGGUCUUGUUGAAAGGGAAGGGAAGAUUAGUAUUAACACAGGACACAUUCGUUCCAUUGAUGCUGCUUGCAAGGUAAAUGUUGUUUCUAUCAUAUCUGAUGGCGUUGACCUACCGAAUUUCAAACCCGGCGUGGAGUCAGAGGACGAGGAAGAUGUGCUUGUUGACAAUCUUGUGAAGGCAGCUCGUGAAGGAUUCUCUUUUUCCAACUCAAACUUCAAAGGUGGCGCGACCAAAGCUGAUGUUAGCCGUAUGCGUGACGAAGCCAUCAAGGAGAACAACAACCGGAAAACCGCAAGAGCCAAUCGGAAAUUACCUGCGACAGAAGGUGUAGACGCUGAGUAUGUUGCAUCUAUUGUUAAAAACAGCUUAUCUGCAGAUCUAUCCAACAUGGGUGAUCAAAUAAAGGACCUUGCUCUGUCUCUAUGCAACUCGCAAAACCUUUUCCAGAAGAAGAUGGAAGACUUUAUGAGAAUCUCACAGAAGGAAAUCUUGGACACAAUGACCAAGUACUGUACUCGGUCUCACGCUCGACCACCGGUUGACUGUCCACCCGAUAACACUGGUGAAUCAAAUUUACCGGAAAGAGACUCGAACCCUUUCGUUGUGUCCGACAUAAUACAGGAAGCUAUGCGAUUUGCGAACAAGGAGUCAGCUCAUACACGUCAAGAAUCUCGAGAAAAUGUGGUUGGUGGUCAAAGGGGACAUCCUUGCGAUGAGGAUAUUUUCUCCGAGCCUCUCAGGUCUGAAGAACAUGAAGCUAUGGAUCACGGCGUAGGGGAUGAGUUAAACCCGAAUCACGGAGACCGGGAGGAGGACCCACUUGUAGCGUACAUGUUCAACGGGGAGGCUGACGACAUCGGGGAUGUUGGGGCUUGUCAAGACCCCAUAACAAACUCUAACGUCCACGGGGAAAACGCGGUGGAACAGGUAAUUGCUCCUCCUUUUAACAGGAGCGAGACAAUCAUCGAGGAUCCCACUAACGUCGUCAAUGCUAAUCAGGAAGCAGUCACUACUGGCCUGUCCUUCCCGGACCCCUCUUUUUCUAUUGGCCUCACCCAAAUGAACAAAUCAAACGCUCAAGAUGUGGAUCAUGUAGUACACCCAAAAAACCUGGAAGAGCCGUUACCGGAGUCCAACGUCGAUAAAGAUGCUCCGAUACUCAACAGAAAAAGCAAGCGAGCCAAAGUUGUGCCAAGAAACCUUGUCGGGGAUUACCAGUGCGACAAACGGUUCCUCACUCGUGCAUGGGAAUCGUUUGUCAAUGCGAUCUGCAGCACCCCAAGCAUCGACUAUGCCGCCAAAUUUGCGUUGCUAUUGGAAGUACUCGGCGGAUCACCAUUUGUUAUCGAUUUUGGUGGCAUAACUGUCGAAUCCAGUGAGUUGUCGGCAAUUGUUGAUAGGUCGUCUCAUUUACCUUCCACGAUGAUGGAUGUGCUUAUUCACCACACACGUUAUGUAUUUCUAUCGAAUGCAGAACAAAUGCAUUCGAAGAACUGUGUGUUCCUAGACACCAAGUUUGUGUCCCUCCUAUCUAAAUCAUUUACCAAGUUCUCAAAGACGGCCAAGAAAGACAAUUUCCGUUUCCCACCAGCUCUGUGCUCCUUUGUUGCUGCUGAUCUCCCGAUCGCUGAAGUUAAUCGAUUCUAUUUCCCCUUCAAUUUCGACAAACAGCACUGGGUGGGUGUGUGCGUCGACGUCUCCCUAGCCCAGGUGAUAGUGCUUGACUGCAACACAUCUUUGAAGACGGAGGCAAUGGUGGCAGCAGACCUGCGUCCCAUCACACAAAUGUUCCCAUUCAUUAUCAGACAAGCUGGAAAACAGGUGACUGCGAAGGAGAUGAAGCCCCUUUCCAUUGAUAGGCCACGAGCGGUCCCUCAAAACAACAACUUGUAUGAGUCCGGUAUUACUUCUGUACUGCUUAUCCAGGCUCAUGCGGUGGGGGGUGUUGAUGUAUGCAAAUGUAUAAACCGAGAAGUCCUCGACACGGAGGUUCAACGGGUUGCGGUUAUGAUGUACGAGGAAAACGUAGCUCCUCUCUAAAACUCGAAGUUGUGUUUUACAAUCUAGCCGUAGCUUUUAAGUGUGUCUUUUUUGUUGUAUAUGUUCCUAAUGUGUAUCAGACCGGAAAACAUGUUUGACUUUUGUUAUUUUCGAUCUAAGAAUGUUUAUGUUAAA